AAUAUAUUAACGGCGGGUAUUAUAAAAAUUAGUUUCGGUCUAGGCAAGGAAAUCGUCGCCCUAAGUAUAAUAGAAAUAGAAAUAUACUUUAGAACAAUAACUUUCUAUAUUUUACCCGUUAAUACCCUAUUUUUCCUAUAUUUAAAAAAUAUAGAUCGACUAGGUAUUAUAUUCGAUAAUACGAGGAACAAAAUCUCUAGUAGUAAGUACUUCGAGAUAGUUAAAUAA